CUGAUAUUCUUUGACUCUCCUAGGAGCGCGAUUUCUGACAAUGUGAAAUACUCAUGAGAGCGGGCGAAUUGGAAUUCGAGCGUGAGCCGCUUUUGCUAUUACAGCACAGCUAAAUACUCUAGAGUUUGUGCGUACUCGCAUCUUUCGAAGAAGAAAACGAAAACAUUCGGUUUCGGCCCGUGUCAAAGAUAUUCUUAAUAAAGAGAAAUGCAAAAGGGGUGUCAUAAGAGGGAGUUGAUGGUUCACAUUGGAUAUGUAAAAGAGCCAUAAAGGAGGGAGGUGGGGAUUCUCGGGAGGUUCUCCAUCAUAUACAUCUUGCUUUCAAUCAAAUUCGUCGCGCUGGCACGUGAAAGGAUGGCGACAGGAGCCCUUGCAGCUUUGCGGUUCUGCAACGUGAACUGGAUUUCCUCCGACCUACACGCGUAUACCGUGUCGACGUUUUUGCAAAACGAGUUCCCGAAUGUGCUGCGCACUUCCAACGGCGACGCGGUCUCUGUCGACCCGAUUGCGCAGCCAGAGCUGACGAGCUCCUUCACGGCACUGCAAGCCCUGCAGCGCGAUGAGUGUGAGGUAGUGCCGGAAUGCUGGGACUACGAAGACCAGCGCUGUGACUCCCUCGGCGGAACGACGGUGGAUGUCGGUGUGCGGGGCGAAAACGCAUUGUACGCACCAAGCUGGCUCUUGGACGAAAACCCGGGUUUGGCGAGUUUCCCGUCCGGUUACAUCGGGAGCACAAACUUGCUCUCCAACAUUCCCGCAGAUCUGCGGAUUAUCGGCGUGCCCGUCGGCUGGGAGGUACGCGGAACAGGCGAGUGCUUCAUGCCGGAUUUCGUCACCGGGGCGAAUGCGAACAAAACGUACGUUGACAGCAGCGACCUCCAAACGCAACAGUGUAGCACUUACAUGCCGUCGCAUUUGCUAUCUCGGUUUGUCUUCCCGCAAUCUGGCGCGGAGCAUCUGGCGUUAAUACAGGAAGGGGUCAAACUUAGAAAGCCGAUUUUGUUCUAUGGUUGGAAGCCUUCGGCCUUGACCGAGGAGGAUGGCGUGCGGCGAGUCACCACCUUUGGAAAAGCGCCGGUAAAUCUGAAAAUGGUGUACAACUCGACAAGGAUCAAUUCCUUGUUCGCACAGGGCGCAACCAGCACGCCUACUGGAAAUAGUUCACUGCCCACUUCCCUUCUUGCAGAAGUUUUGGAAACGCGUUGGCAGUUGUUCCCGGAAAACGUGACAACCCUGUUUGGUUACUACCGGUCUCGUGCGUCCGUGAACCUCCCUGAAUCCGACGUGAAACGCAGACUCGCGUCGCAGUUUGCGGCCGACAAGUUCAUGUGCGAGCGGAGCCCGAUUAAGUCCGCGCCGAGCUGCCGGGCGGUGACUGAGGCGGCGUCGUUCAAGCGACGCACAAAGGACCCGAGCUUCCCGGCGAAAAUUGUCGUCUGGACCAAGAUGUUUCCGAUCUUUGUGGAUUCGGCGAUAACGCCCGGCAGCAUUAACAAUUACCCGUCCUGUACCAACGACGACCCAGCAAAUUUUCACCCGGCGGGGCGUCAGGACCUGGUCGGUUACACCAUCGACCACCUGUAUGAGGUGUUUGGACUUCUGGGGUACGACAAAACCGACAUCAUCCUGCGAUGCGCGGAGUCGACCGGAAAACUGAUCGAGUACGCUGCCGAGAACAAGGCAGACGUGUCUGUCGCCGCGAUCACGGUCUUCAAAAACCGCAUUUGGCGGGUCGAUUUCUCGACGCCGUACUACUCGACCGGGUACAAGUUUUUGAUCGCGUCGCAGCCGCCCUCCUUGAAAGCUCUGCCAACCGACUUCUUCAUGCGGCCCUUCAGCACGGACGUGUGGCUUGCGUUGUUGCUUUUCGUCGUGAUCGUUGGGACGCUGAUCGGGGCCGUGGAGGGGUUGGCCCAGCGGAAACGGGUGGAAAAGCUAGAGGAAAUCUUGACCGAAGACGUGAAGCUGCUGGAGGGGGAGGAGCAGUGCGCCAAGCAAUUGCGUAGGUUCGACGCAGAGUCGGCGGAAGUCAUGAUCGACAACGAGUUGCUGAUUUCCAAGGAAGAGAAACGGCUCUUGAUGAAGGCGGUGGAAAGGACGCGGAUGGAACACGCGAGCGCGCCAACACCAAUGCUGGAGCGAACCAGCACGAUGAUGGGUUUGGAUGUUUGCGUUCCCGUGAGCAGCAGCGGCACGAUCGUGAGGAGUAGGACCGACGCUGCGCAGUUGCGGGAGCAGAUGAAACCAUCGUCCACAGCGCUUGUUGUCGCCGAAGUAAGUGACGAACUCAAUGGAGUUGUACACCGAGAUCGAGAACUUCAGAGCGGCAAAACGACGAGCAAGAUCAUAGUGAGAAGCAUCGACAAGUUGUUCUAUUUGCGGAUGCAGUUUCUAAUUCGCCGACGAAUCAGGACCACGCAGAACAAAAAGCGAUAG